AACGAUGCACAGUAAGUCGCAUCCGCGGGCAAGCUUGUUGGUGGUGCAUUUGGCUCGCUCGCUGCGCUUCAGGGGAACCGUCCGCGUGUAGAUAAUACAGAUCAUCUCGAUCUAUCUAAUGAAUACGAUGAAUCACGCAUAUGCGCCUUGGGGAGAUUGCACAAUGGGGGGCAAACCGGUCCCGCGCUUCGCAUCCCUUCGGCCGAUCUUUGCGCUUGCAAAAAAGUAAAGGUGCUGGGCGCCCUGGCUAUUCUUUCACAUAAGAGUCAACGCGUUUCGUUCACCCACCCCACAAAGUGCAUCUCCUUUGACCAACGUUUUCUCACAGCAAACGCUGUCAAAAAUUAAUGGCGCGCCGCUGGGUUGGGCGUCAGGGCGCAAAUAGUCAGUUACACUUGGUCGCAGCCUUGAAAGCGGGCUGGGGCGCACGCCACACCCCAAAAACACGCCAGGAGACACACUUUGGAACAGCAUGUGUAGAUGAGUGGCUGCAGCACAUGCACGGCUCUGCGGCUGGCACCUACGUACCGCCGUGGACAGCCGCCGCCACCGCCCUGGUGCAGCAGCUACACACGGCCGCCCACCCCCUCUGCGUCCUGACGAUGCAGCGGGCGGCCGGCGGUGUCGGACCCGCUGCCGAUGGCUGUGCAAUCUUCGGCCAGCCGGUGGCGGCAACCUGCCCGGCCCUCGUGCGCCUCCUGGGUGCCCUCAGCUACCUGCCUCCGGUCACAAUCCUACGCCCGGCUGUGCUGGUGCCAGGGCCCUGGUGCUUUGCACUUCCGCUCUGGGGCAAUCCAGUCUUGCCAUGUGCGGCGGGGCUUCAGGCGGGUGGCUUGGAACGUGACUUCCCAGCUCUCAUGGCGCUGCCGGGUCUGCUCACGCUCGGCACGGCAGUGCGGUGCUGGGAGGCGCUGGCCGCGGUGCGCCAGCUGGUGGCUUCCAAGCCGGCUGGUAUGGCUGCUGCUUGCGCAGAGCCUGGGGUGGCGGCAUGGCGCGGCUGACGUGCCCUUGCUGACCCUUACGGUGAAGCAGGCAACCCAGCUUCAACUUGCGCCUGCGUACGACGCGCUCCGCGUGCGUCACUUGGCCUUCAUCCAAGAGGCCCACAGCGGCGCCGCGCCGCCAGCGGAAGCGAUUCAUGCGCUGCGGGCGGCCUUGGCGCGGCUGUGGGCUUUGGUGUGGGAGCCGCGACACAAGGAACCGCUCUGGCGUCUGGCAGUCAAUGGGUUCACGGGCUUUGGGAUGCUUGCGGCGUGGGCCGCAGAUGGACGCGUGGAGAAGUGCCCAUGUGGGACUCAGAUGACUGCUGGGGCUAGGGUUCAUCACUUCUGGGACUGUGUGGUGGCGGAGGCUCUGCGUGAUGUGAUGCGGGAGCAUGCGAAUGUGGACAUCACACGGAACCAGUUGUGGUUAGUACAGGCGCCACCAGGGCUAUCGCAGGCGGUGUGGGACAUCGUGUGCUUGGCUGCUGUGGCGGCCCUGGAAUACGGCCGACAGCGCCUUUACGCUUGCCGUGAUGCUGCAGACCGGACUGCGGAGGUUGCUGUUGUGCGAAGGAUCGGUGUGGAGGUGAUUGCGGACUUCUGGUCACGGCUGGCUGCGUUUGUGAGUCUGCGUCGGCCUCCGCGCCGCUGGGACCUUGUCCCGAACCAGCACCCAUUCCUAGCGUCAGAUGAUGUUGGAGGGGUUAUUUUGGUAGGGCCAACAGCGGACUCGCCACCGGCCUCACCCUAGCUUGUCAGCUUAGGGACUCGCAAGAGGUAGUCUUAUGACGCCGACCCACGGCUUAGGUGAGCAGCGCUAGCGUUUGCGGUGAGCCGGGCCUGGGGUUCCUCCCCUCUCCGGAGGCGAGGAGCAUGGGGGUCAUUCGGGGAUCUCUCCUCGGGUGAGCGUGCGUGUCUCGUACGUUUUUGGGGCCCUGGCUAGUCCACGGCUGUCGUCCCACAUGUAACCUCUAUCAGCU